GCGCGAGCGAGGGAAAGACAGCUGCAGCUUACUGGCUUUCAAUGUGGAGGAUACCCAGAUGAACGACAGACCUACCAGGGAGACUAAAGGUCAACCAGCCUAUGAAAUGAUGGAGACUGAUCCAGACUGGGCUCCAUCCCUACAUCCGGGACACACAUCGGUCACACCGACCAAUGCAGCGCGCUCUGUAGGCGACGUAGGCAGAAGCAGCUACGGAAAGUGUCACCGCAAGCACCAGAGACGGGAGUCCGCCGGGAUGCAGAGACUGGAGAGCUGCAGACCGAGGAGGGGACGUCGGAGCCUGGACAAAAUCAACAGAGUGAGGACGUGACACCUGAUGCUGAGGAAGAAAGCAGUCAGCUGGUCACAGAAGAUGACACACACACACACACACAGCACCAGUCAGGAUGCCACACAGACUGAAUGUGACCUCUGUGAGUUGAGGCGUGCAGAAGUAAACCGCCUGUUGAAAGAAAACGCUGAGCUGCGGCACGAACUUGAUCAGCGCCGAAUGGGUGAUGGCUUCUUUGAAGAGGAUGAUGACAAAGUACAGUACAACACAGGUCUCCCAAACCUGGCAGCUUUUAUGGCCUUAUUCCGUUUUUUGAUGCCUCUCAUGCCCACUCAAAGGAAAAUUCUCACUCCCUUUCACAUGGUUCUAUUAACCUUCAUGCUUCUGCGGUUGGAUCUGCCUGUGCAACACCUUGCUCAUCUUUUUCGUGUUUCCCCAAAUACGGUGUACAGAACAUUUAAUGAAAUGGUGUCGUUCAUGCAUGCGAACUUGAGGCGUGCCAUUACAUGGCCUGACAGAGACACUCUGCACAAAACGAUGCCUCACCAGUUUGCGGAAGCCUUUGGGCACAGAGUUGCAGUGAUUAUAGAUUGUUUUGAAGUUUUCACUGAGAAACCCUCCAAUCUGAAAGCACGUGCCCAAAUUUUUUCCAGCUACAAGCAAAACCACUCGAUGAAGUAUUUAAUGGGUAUUACACCCCGGGGAGCCAUUUGUUUCUUAUCGAAAGGCUGGGGAGGUCGCACCAGUGACAAACAUAUCACAUUCAACAGUGGUUUUCUGGACAAUUUGUUACCUGGAGACAUCGUCUUGGCUGACACAGGUUUUGACAUCCAGGAAUGUGCGGGUAUGAUGUGGGCGGAGGUCAAACUCCCAGCAUUUACAAAAGGCUGCUGUCAGUUAGCAGCCAGAGAUGAGGAGGAAACGAGGAAAAUAGCACAUUUGAGGAUUCAUGUUGAAAAGGUCAUUGGAAACAUCUGUCAGAAAUAUAGAAUCUUGUCAGGGACCAUACCCGUACACAUGAUUCUUCCAUGUGAAGGUGAAGAAGUAACACUGCUGGAUAAGAUUGUAACUGUGUGCUGUGCCCUGACAAACCAUUGCCCAUCAGUAGUGUAGUGACAUGGACAGUGAGUGAAGACUGGAUGUAAUAUAUAUGUAUAUAGUUUGACCACGUAGGAGUGAAUGAAUGUGUGCAUUAAUAGAAAAACCAUAUAAAAGAUUAUUUUUCUUGUAUCUGUUUGAGCCUGUGAGUAUGUGUGUGUGCAUGUUAUGCAGUGUCGUGCAGUUUCUAUAACGUGGUCCUGUAGAAUACGUGUUAUUUACAUAUAGUCAGACAUUAUUCUUCUCCACAGAUAUCAGCAGAUGUUAAGACCCACCAAUGCAGCCAAAAUUAACAUUCCCAAGGAGUUUGAUGGUGACAGGAGGAGGAGGAGGAGGAGCUUUAAGGCAGCCUGGUACCACAUCCACCCAUGGCUUGUGUAUUGAACAAACCCAGACUCUGCGUCUUGUUACGCAUGUAGACAUUUUAGCUACAAGUCAGUUCCGGGCUAUUUUGUUGCUCUACUAAUUGUUCGCUUGAAAUUGUUGUGUUGUGGUGUACAGCAUUCCUCCCAUGUCAUUAGGGCAAAUAUUUAAAACUUCAUGAAGUUCUUUCUUAUGAAUUUCCACUUUACAAAAAUUAUUUUAAUGUGAUUUUCCAAUGGAUUUCAUCUUUUGUUCUUUUGUUGUAGCUGUUAAAAGUGACAAUUUUUUUAUAAGUUAUAAUCGAUGUGUUUUUGUGAAUAAAAAAGUUUGUUCAAUUUUGA